UUGCUUCCACUUCUCAGCUUUAUUAGUUGAUUUUUUUAUGUGUCUUGCUUGUGCAUGUUAAUUUUGUCAUCCAGCUUUUGCAUGCAGUCUUUGGUUACUGCAGUCUAUUAAUUGUACGUUUGAGCUAGAGAUGCAUUCUCUUUGCGUUCAGGCGUUCUUAAGGGACCCAACUUUAUGCCAUGGUUUCAAAGACGGAUUGCUGUUGCAGAAAAUGAGCAAAAUAGAUUGUGGAGACAGGCGAGAAUGAAUACUGACAUACAUCUCCUUAAAUCUAGAAUGCCUGAAUUGGAAAUUGUUGACAGCUUUAACGCUAUUGAGAGGCAUCUUCUUGGAGAAAUACAGCUGCAGCAAUCUGGAAAGGCCGUAUCAGACUCUGCAGCAUUGUGCCAGAAAUUGAAAGGUGAUCUACAGGCAGUGUUCAAUGUGCUUCCAAACGACAUGCAGCAGCUUUUGCUUUUAAACCCCCAGAGAGCUGCUCUUCUACAGGGAAGUUCAAGUCCGGAACUGACAAAACUUCCCGGCCGUCCUUUGAUUCAAGCUGGGGUUGUAUCAUCCAGUUCGCCAAGAUGACAAAAAGUAUGGCUCUGGUAUCAACAUUGUUCAGUAUGCUUCUAUAAGUAAGAAAAAAGGGCACGACCCAUGAUUCUCUUGUAGCUUCUUCUCCAAAUUUUGGAUGGAGAUUCCCCUACUUUUGGCGUAAUUGUUCAUAUA